ACCUGCCGGGCCCCGCCGCAACAGGCCCGCGGGGACGGACGCGGGCGGCGGGGGGGGCGGGUAGAAGCGGAGGUGGUCCUGGUCCGUGAUCCGGGUCUGUGAUUCAGUACUUCCACCAUACCAUGCGUAACCCCGAGCGAUUUCGGCAGCAUUUCAAGCGCUCAGAAACCGCGCUUGAGGAGAAACGUGUUUAAAAAGGGAGCGGAUGCUGCAUAAACCCGUGCUUGUGCUAUAGAUAGUAACUGGGGCUGGCACAGUGCUGCCCUGAGGUAGGGAGACAAUGUCCGUUUAAACUGUAUGAACGGAAGAAAAUGUCCUAGAACUCUAUAAAUAGAAAAAGUGUGUAUAUUAAUCUCAAAAUAGAUUUGAUUUGGGGUGCGUGUAAAUUUGACUGUCACUACAUUUGCUUAGUGAGACAAUUCAUUGAAAAUAAAGUGAAAAUGCGUUUCUGACGUGCUUUUCAAUGGAGCUGAAAUGCUACAUAGCUCUGCUGUCUUAAAUAUAGGAAAACGGGAUACUUCAGUGUUUGUUUUCAGAAAUUGCAUCACUAAGUUAAAUUUAUUAAUAAAUCGUCAUGCGAUUUAAAUAUGAUUAAUAGGUAACCUAUAAUAUCUCUGAUGUGUAUUAGUGGGAGACAGGGAAAACAGGAGUAGGAAGUGCGGCUCUGAGUUUCAUGUAGCCUGUUUUUGAGCUGCCUUGAGAAACAGCUUUCCUCUCCCUUUGGUCACUUGUUCCCAAACCUGCACUUUCUGCACCAACCCUAGAGCGUGAGUAGCUGUGUGGCAGCAUAGCUAUAGAAAUUAAUCUGGUUAAACGCUAAUUUAACAACAAAAAGAGGACAAUAUACUCAGCAAGAUCAGUUUGCUUAGCUAGAUUAACAUGCAGCUUCAUGAAUGUAUUGGCACAAAUAAGGCUGAAGAAAUUCAUAGAUGGGGCCUUGCUUUUAGGACCACUGUUUAGGAAAACAAAAUCAGCGUGGGAAUUACCCUUUGCUAUGUGGAGUGAGUAUGACUGCAGGUGAAGGGUGUCAAAAUAAAUUGAGGUUAAAACUGGUUUUGUUUUUCUGUGUGAGGUUGCUGAAAGCCUUUACAAAACUUUUUAACUUAAGUAAAAAUGAUAAGUGGAAGUAAUAUUAAAGUACUUGUUGGUUACUAGCCUUUAAAUUUCCCUCUUAAAGAUUGUAACAUAAAUCUAGAAUUAGAAAAGAAAUGAAAGACUUUAGAGCUGUUACUUCAGGUUAUGCAUAACUUGCCAGCAUGUGUGGUCUGGAGCAAAUUAGCACAAUUUCUUCUGCAUCUGUGCUUCUAAAUUUGUACAGAGGACAGCACUGCAGUGCUUGAUUACCUCUGCUAGCUUUAAUGAACUAACUUGACUACUGGCAAAGUUUAGUUACAGCUGCCUGAGGCUCUGAGGGAGCUAAUUUACUCCCUAGAUAACAUGUAAAAUUAGACUGGGUGGAGCUCUGGGCUAUUGCAUGUUGGCAGCUUGUGUAUAAAAUAGCUCUGUUAAAACUAGCAUCAUUAUUGCUUUAUUAUACAGCUUCGUGCAAUGAAUACACGUUCUGAGUAGUUAUGCUGCUAGUUUUUUCUAAGCUUCUAAGCUGAAUCUACAUUUACAUAGCUAGAUCUGUGUUUUCAUACCCCCUCUGACUUUUAAUUUGAAAGCUUACCUUGAAAAUAGUAUGUUUUCCAAAAUCAUUACUGUUUAUUGAAUCAAGUGGGGGGCCUUAAUAGAGUUGUGUAGGGGUCUGUUGAUCGAGGUGUGGUAAUAUACAGAGUUCAAUGGGAACUUGUAGUCCAGUUUUGCAGCGCUUUCAGCUUUCUGAACUAACUAGAUGUAUGUAUGUAAGUACAGAAUCUCAUUAGAGUUGGGCUACGCACAUACGUAAAAUAACAACCAUACGCUGACAUAUAUAUAUAUAAAAUGACAUACGCUCAUACUGAUGUUUCAUGCGGAAACAUCUAAGUAUCAAUACUUCCUUAAUUAGUGUUUUAAAAAGUGUUAUGUAGUGUUCCAAAUCUAAGACUGAAUUUAAUCUCCAAGAUCUAUUUGCACUUCUAAAAAGAUAAUUGUAUUCAGAAUCCACAGCUGCCUUUGACUGUAGAGUGUCUUUUAAAUCAGCACACAUUAUUUUCUUAAGAAUCUUGAAUAUGUUCAAAAACUUUGCAUAUUUGUAAGUAACAUUAGAUAUUUGUUACAAAUUGAAGUACUAAUUCUUUUGAGAGGUACCAUUCACAGAAUUACGAGUGUGCAUAAUGGCUUGGAAUGAAAGGUACAAUGAGAUAAAACCUUUUAGAUUACGUAGCAUGGUUUCUUGGUGAAUGGAUCGUCACAGAAAUUCUGUUAGAUGCUUUUUCAAGCAAAUGGGGUGGUCCUUAAAUAGACUGCUGUGAAGACCAAAUGGAGAUUCCCAAAAUACGUACCUUUAACUGCUUAAUAGCCUUAAUCAAUAGAAGUAUGUAGAAUAUUUAAUCUGUGUUGAUUGAAGAUUAGAAGGAUAUAUAUAGAUACGUAGUCCCUCUGUCCUUUUUGCUGGUAUGCUUUCUGGAUUUUUCUAUAAGAAGGGAGGACUAGAGCCUGUUAAGGUUCUUCCUCCUGCUGCUGUGAAUUUACUGGUAUGUGUCCAGCAUGUCAAGACUGCAGUUCAUGGAAAUGGUUUCAGUUAUUUUCUGGUAAAAUUUGGAAAUACAACUUUUAAGACCGAUGUGUAUCCAAAAUCACUUAAUCCUCAGUGGAAUUCCGAAUGGUUUAAAUUUGAAGUAGAUGAUGAAGAGCUGCAAGACGAGCCUCUCCAGAUCACAGUUCUUGAUCAUGAUACCUACAGUGCUAAUGAUGCCAUUGGCAAAGUGUACAUAGAUAUUGAUCCUUUGCUCUACAGUGAAGCAGCUACAGUUAUUUCAGGAUGGUUUCCAAUUUAUGAUACCAUCCAUGGCAUACGUGGGGAGAUCAACGUGGUGGUGAAAGUAGAUCUCUUCAAUGAUUUAAACAGAUUUAGGCAGUCAUCGUGUGGAGUCAAGUUUUUUUGCACCACAUCUAUUCCGAAGUGUUACAGAGCAGUAAUAAUUCAUGGGUUUGUGGAAGAACUUGUAGUUAAUGAAGACCCAGAAUACCAGUGGAUAGACCGAAUUCGCACACCAAGGGCAUCAAAUGAGGCUAGACAAAGACUCAUUUCGCUAAUGUCAGGUGAACUGCAAAGGAAGAUUGGCUUGAAAGUGCUUGAAAUGAGAGGAAAUGCUGUUGUUGGUUAUUUGCAGUGUUUUGAUUUGGAGGGGGAAUCUGGACUGGUAGUACGAGCCAUAGGAACAGCCUGCACAUUGGAUAAAUUAAGUAACACAUCAGCAUUUUUACCUGCAUGUAACUCCCCAUCCAAAGAAAUGAAGGAGAUUCCCUUCAAUGAAGAUCCCAAUCCCAAUACUCAUUCAUCAGGACCCUCCACCCCUCUGAAAAACCAAACCUAUUCCUUUUCACCUUCCAAGUCCUACAGUCGACAGUCCUCUUCUUCUGACACAGAUUUGAGUUUGACACCCAAAACUGCACCUUCCCCACAGGGACCUAGGAUUUUCCUGUUUCCCAGCUCCCCUACACUCUCAUGUGAUUCCCCACAUCUUAAAAAGUCCUGUCUCCUCCUCUCGGGGUCUAGCCUUAACCCUCUACACUCUAGCCAUGUCAGCCCAGUUGUUCUGAGGAAAAGUGUUUCUUUCACUGAAGAGCUGCUUCUGGCUGCUUCUGGAAUGGGCAGUGGGAGUGCUGGAAAAGAAGGGGGGCCAUUUAAAACUCUUUUAAGACAGCAGACUCAGUCAGCUCUGGAACAAAGGGAAUUUCCGUUUUUUACCUUGACGGCCUUUCCACCAGGCUUCCUUGUCCAUGUUGGUGGUGUUGUCAGUGCACGUUCUGUGAAGCUCUUGGAUCGCAUUCACAAUCCUGCCUUUGUCGGAAUUAUGGGUAACACAAGAUCAUACAAACUGCUAGACUGGAAUAGUUUCAAUUCAGAUGAACCAGAAACACGAGAUGCAUGGUGGGCAGAAAUCAGACAAGAAAUAAAAUCCCAUGCCAAGGCAUUGGGUUGUCAUGCUGUAGUGGGCUACAGUGAAUCAACUAGCAUUUGUGAAGAGGUCUGUAUUUUGUCCGCGUCUGGCACAGCAGCUGUACUGAACCCUAGGUUUCUUCAGGAUGGCACCAUGGAAGGCUGUUUGGAACAAAGGUUGUCAUGGCAGCCUGGCUUCUUUUCCAUAGGGUCAGAGAAGGGAGAGGUUGAUUUUUUUCCUCAGAGCCAAGAUAGUUCUUCUCUAUUAGGGAUUGAAGAAGCUUCACCACCAGGUUGUGGAUUUUGCCAUAUUCCAUAUGAUGAAUUGAACAUGCCAUUCCCUGCUCACCUCACUUAUUGUUACAACUGCAGGAAGCAAAAAGUUCCUGAUGUCCUUUUCACCACAAUUGAUCUUCCUGUAGAGGCAGCAGUUAUUGGGAAGGGAUGUCUUAUUCAAGCCAGGUUAUGCCGUCUAAAGAAGAAAGCUCAAGCAGAAGCAAAUGCAACAUCUAUCAGUAAUCUCUUGCCAUUUAUGGAAUACGAAGUGCACACUCAACUGAUGAAUAAACUGAAGCUGAGAGGAAUGAAUGCUCUGUUUGGGCUAAGAAUUCAAAUCACUGUGGGUGAAAAUAUGCUAAUGGGGUUGGCAUCUGCAACAGGUGUGUAUCUAGCAGCUUUGCCAACACCUGGUGGUAUUCAGAUUGCUGGGAAGACUCCAAAUGAUGGCAACUAUGAGCAGCAUAUAUCUCACAUGCAAAAGAAAAUAAAUGAUACGAUAGCAAAAAACAAGGAGCUUUAUGAGAUUAACCCUCCAGAGCUACCUGAAGAAAUCAUUGGGUCUCCCAUUCCAGAACCAAGACAACGUUCCAGGUUGUUAAGAUCUCAGUCAGAAAGCUCUGAUGAAGUUACAGAGCUAGAUCUUUCACAUGGGAAGAAGGAUGCUUUUGUCUUGGAGAUUGAUGAUACAGAUGCGAUGGAAGACGUACAUUCUUUACUGACAGAUGCUCCACCACCUUCUGGUUUUUACAGUUGCAACACAGAAAUUAUGCCUGGUAUAAAUAACUGGACACCAGAAAUUCAAAUGUUCACAGCAGUAAGAGUAUCCAGAUUAAGCAACAUUAAUCUAACAAAUCAAACACUUAAUAAGAACUUCAAUGAUCUCUGUGAGAAUCUGUUAAAGAGCUUGUAUUUUAAACUGCGAUCUAUGGUUCCUUGCUGCCUUUGUCAUGUAAAUUUUACAGUUGCUCUACCAGAGGAUGAAAUAGUUCAGAUUGCAGUCACAGCUGUUGCAAUUACAUUUGACAAAAACCAAGCAUUACAAGCCAGUAAACCCCCUAUAGAAAAAUCACAGCAAAGAGCAUCAACAGAUAAUGAAGAACAACUACAAUUUCCAUUGGAACUUAGCUCUGAUCCCCUUGCUUCUCAACCAUUCUCACCAGCUAAAGAAGUCCUGGAGGGUGCAAGUUCCCACACAGGUAUUCCUGCUGCUCAGAGAGCAACGUCAAUUGAUUACAGUUCCUUUGCAGACAGAUGCAACAGCUGGAUAGAGCUCAUUAAACUGAAAGCUCAGACCAUAAGGCGCGGAUCAAUUAAGACAACUGCUUCACUUGAGAAAGCGAGUCCAUUGGCUGAGGGAUACUUACGGCAUCGUUCUUUCCCAUCAUGCGCUAAUUCUACCGUCUCAGUUGUUAAGAUGACACCUCUUUCUUUUAUACCUGGAGCAAAAAUAACCAAAUAUCUUGGGAUAAUCAACAUGUUUUUUAUACGAGAAACUACUUCUUUACGUGAGGAGGGUGGUGUCAGUGGCUUUCUCCAUGCUUUUAUCGCUGAAGUGUUUGCAAUGGUGAGAGCACAUGUUGCAGCUUUAGGGGGCAAUGCAGUUGUCUCAUACAUAAUGAAGCAGUGUGUUUUCAUGGAGAAUCCGAACAAAAAUCAGGCCCAGUGCUUAAUAAAUGUAAGUGGAGAUGCAGUCGUCUUUGUACGUGAAUCUGAGUUAGAAAUGCUACCAGUGCAACCUUCUACAGUUGUUUCUCAACCUGCAAGUACUGGAGGAGAUGUUACAACGUGAAGACAGAAAAAUUGAAACGGUCUCUGUCAAAUAGAUUGUUCAAAAUAUGGGAAUGUUAGGUUUGCAGCUUCAGAAUCAAUAUCUCCCAUCAACAUCAUUAGCCAAAAUCUAAGACAAUCACUGUAUUUUGUCCUUCAGGUUUAUGCAAUAGUCAGGACAGCAUACUGGCAGGUAUGCUCUGAUUUUUUUAUUAAAAUUACAGGACCUUUGAAACCUAUACGGAAAGAGAAGCACCCAUGGAAAACUAUGCAUUGAAAUAGUAGGCAUCACAUGAAAAUAAACAAAAAUCCUGUUGUAUUUUUCAGCUGUUCAACAGGACCAUGAUAAGUUAAAAUUCAGACCCAUCUCUGAGUUUGCUUAUUGUAUUAGCUGAUUCUCAGCUCAGCUUAAAGAAAAAAAGGAGUGGGGAGCAGGUAACUGAGAGUCAUGUAUUAGCGACCUUUGCUGGAGAACCCAGAGAUACAGGCUAAUAAAAUGUGAAGCCUAAACUUGUUUUAGAUCGUACAGCAAGGAGAGGAAGAAGCAGCACCAAAAAGUUAGUUUGAAUUUCUGCACGCUAAAAAUAUUUUUCAACUGUUUGAGAACUGCCGUUUUUUUUAAAAAUUAGUAGUAUAUGAAAUAUGUUUUGGGUGUGUGUUUUUUUUUUUUUGGAAAAGCUUUCAGACCAUAAUGCUGUUCUGAUAAUCCCUAUGAAUUAAAAAAAUAAUAGUAAAAUAAUGGGUUAUGUGCUGUUAUAAGAUUUCACUUCAAUGUUGACAAAAAAAACCAACUUUAUAUA